AUGGAACGCAGGAACGAUGCGACUGAGCUUACUGCCAGUGUCAACCAGGCCAAGACGGAGGAUUCAACAGCUUGCGCUUUUGUUGCUACACAUGAUCGAAUUGUUGACUCCAUCUCUGAACAGAUUUGCAGAUUUGUCUUAGAUGAGACCCCACACAGGACUGGUUUGCACAGAGAUACCGAACAUACUUAUGAGGAAGCUAUAAAGUUUUUGAAAGAGCAGACUCGAACAUCCAUCUCGGAAACUAUUGGUCCAUAUAUCGAGAACAAAUGGGCAGAACUUGUAGAUAAUGGAGUAGAAACGAAAUCUGUCAUUGACGAGCUUGAUAACCUUACAAAGAAUAUCAGCACUACAAAACCGAGGGCCUAUAUCGACGGUUGGUCCUUCAAUGUGAAAUUUGGAUCUGCCGAUGGAGUCAUAGAUAGUUUGGUUCCAAGAGACCAAGUCUGUGUUCGUGCUAGGCACCUGACGUUGAGCGAUAUUAGGGAAGCAGCUAGAUAUGCUCGAGAGACUACACAGCUUUCUCCAAAAGGAAAAGGAAAAGCAGCUGUCAUUUAG